AUGGUAGUCGGCUUGUGGUUGGUAAUGAAUGCAAUAGCUUGUGUUCAGCUUUCAUCAGCAGCUAAAAUUGCCAUAGGUGCUUCAUUUUAUCAUAGCCAUACUCAAGUUUUAGCUGCCAUCGGUGAAGAAUUACAUAAGAGAGGCCAUUCAGUCACUGUCAUCACAUCUACAGCCAAUCAUUUUGUUGCUGGAAGAGGUUACAACAUCCUAUUUUAUGAAACACCAGUUACUCAACAUGAUAUUGGUAGUUGCACUGCUGUGGCACUCAAGAAGAAUGAUGUUUUCAUUACCACUUGUAUGAAGCAUUUAAUCGAUGAUAAUAAAGCAUACAUGAAUGAUGAUAGCUUACUACAGCAAAUCAGAGCUGAAAAAUUUGAUGCUAUCGUAUGCGAUAUCGCUUGCUAUCCGUGCCAUGUCGUAUCGGAAGCAGCCGAAAUUCCAAUUCAAAUUGAUGUCUCAACCCUUGGUUUCGUGGAUCCAUUCGUCAGUAUUCCAUUUCAUAUACCAGCUCCUCUCGCUUACCUUCCAAGGAUGGGCUUAGUCGCUACCAAUAAAAUGAACUUAUAUCAGCGUACUAUUAAUGUUGUCAUCAGUCCUUUAAUCAUGACAUUUCUCGACAAUUUCAUAUUUGAUUCCCUUUAUAAAGUGGUCAAUAAGAGCAAACUCGGUUUGCAGGCGGUACCUAAAUUUAUUGAUACAAGAGCUACAUUUCUAAUUGUUAAUGGCGAUUUUGCAAUUGAUUAUCCACGUCCACUGACGCCAACAUCCAAAAUGGUUGGUCCUGUCCUACCAAAGCCUCCUAAAUCUUUGCCACCACACCUGGAAGAGUUUAUCACAUCGAAUCCUAACGGUACUAUUGUGGUAUCAUUUGGUACAGUUGUAACAGCUGUCAAAUAUGUUAUCGAUAUCCAAGUACUUUUCAUGGCAUUUAGUUUAUUACCUUAUAACGUCAUCUGGAAGUAUACCGAGGAAGUUCCCAAACAGUUGCUGACCUCCAAUAUCAAGAUUGUUAAAUGGUUACCGCAAAAUGAUUUACUAGGUCAUGCUAAUGUGAAAGCUUUUGUAACUCAUUGCGGUUUAAAUAGCAUCCUAGAAGGUGCUUAUCAUGGCAAACCAAUGCUAGGGAUGCCAGUCGUUGGAGAUCAGAUAGCUCAUGCCCAAAAAAUUAUUGCCAAAGGUGUUGGUGUCGUCUUGGAUAUCAAAUCAGCAACAGUGAAAGAAAUUCAUAAUUCAAUUGUCAAAAUUACAACAGAUAAACAAAUUCUAGAUAAUGCUGCCCAAGUCUCUAAAUUAAUUAAGAAUAGACCUAACGGUAGGACACCAGUUGAAGAGGCUGGCGAUUGGGUUGAAUUUGCACUCAAUUGUGAUGGAGGAAACUAUCUAAGGACAGAAGAAUAUAAUUUAUCUUGGUAUCAGCUAUAUCUAUUGGAUGUUUAUGCUGUUAUUGCUAUCAUGCUGUUUAUAUUCGUCAAGUUAUUAAACUUAGUAUGGAUGGGAUUUGCCUGGCUUUGCUGCCGCAAAGGCAAUAAACUGAAAGAAUCAUGA